AUGUCGAGUGGCGGUGCGCCUGGCGACUGGUACGACACACAGUACGACACAUACACGGACAAGUUCGCCGAUGGGGACGGCACACGGUUACUGGCCUCGAGCGGUAUCUCCGCGGGCGGCAAGGGAGCGGGGGGCGGUGGGGGGGGCCGCAUGGAGCGGUUGUCCGACUACCUGGCGGUCAGGUGGAAGGUUGUGGUGCUGGCGUGGCUGGCAGUGGCGGUGGUGGGAAUAGCCUCUUUCCCUGGCUUCCUCUCGUCGUCCUCGCUGCCUGCGGACCCUCGUGCCGUACCCCAGUCGUACCAGCUGCAUCUCUCCCUGCCUGCCUACGGGGCGUUCACCACCCCCACCCCCGCCAGCGGUACCGCCCCCAGCCCCCCCCCUCCCACCUUCAGCGCCGUGGCCUCCCUGCAGCUCUUGGUGACCGGGGCCCCCACCUCCUGUCUGGUGCUGCAUGCCGCAAACCUCAACAUCAGCCGACUGGACGUGGAGCAGCUGGGCAGUAGCGGCAGUAGCGGCAGGGAGAACGAAGGGACUGCUGCGGGAGGGCGCCGCCGGCUGCAGCAGCAGCCGCCGCCGCCGCCGCCGCCGGCUGCACUGCUGUCCCGGUGCCUGUGCGGCUGCAAUGACAGCAGCCCCGCGUGCUCCGUAGCCACGAUCCAAAGCGCCACUUCCCAGUCCAUCGUCCUCAACCUGAAUGGACUGGUGCUGGCCACCGGAGACCAGUGGCGCCUCACACUCACCUACACCGGAAGUGUACGGCCCUCCUCGGACGGCUUCGGACUGUUCAUGUCCGACCCGUGGGUCGCGGACACACCCGUUGGAGCCGCACCAUCGAACAGCGUGUUGCUGACGACCCAGUUCGAGGACAACUUUGCCAGGUACCUCCUACCCUGCUUUGAUGCGCCGGGGUACAAGGCCAACUUUUCGGUUGCUGUGGAGCUUCCUGACAACCUGACGGUGCUGUCCAACACCCCCCCACUGAGCUCCGUACCCGUCACCACCACCGCCACCACCACCACCACCACCGGGGGUCGCAAGCUGGUGACCUUCGCGGUCUCCCAAGGUUUUGCACACGUCCCUCUUUCCGUACUACGUCCUCCUGCAGUUGGGCGGACCACGCCGGUGAUGCCCGUGUACGCGCUCGCCAUUGCCGCCGGGAACAUGACCAGCCUCAACUCCAACAUCACCACCUUCCCAAUGGCCACAUCCUCACCACCCCCUGAGCACCUCUCCCCCCAACCCCCCAACCCCCGGAUGUACAGCGGCGGCAGUAGCAGCAGCAGCAGUAUGCAGAUCCGGGUGUGGGGCCCCGCCUCCAUGAACGCGACGAGGAGGUUGGCGGGGUCACUGGGUAUUGCGGAGGCCGCCUACAGCUUCUACCUGAACUACACGGGCAUGGCGCUACCUCUAUCAAAGCUGGAUCUGGUUGCCGUACCAGGGAAGUCGUACGCCAUGGAGAACUGGGGGCUGCUCAUGUUUGACACGGAAAGCUGCCCCUCGUGCGGUACCUGCGCCCCCAAUUACUUGGUGAUGCCGCAGGACAACCUGGCAUUAAACGAGGGCGUCGCGUCGUACAUCGAGUACGAUUGUAUUGCCGCCGUACUGCCGUCCGUUUUGCCUUUGAGCUCCUAUGGCCUUUCCCUGGCCGAGCCGCUCCGCCGCCUGGUGGUGCCGCCGCUGGGUAUGGCUGCCGGCGUGCACGAGGGGGUGCUGUGGCGGUCUCGUUGGGCGGAUGAGGACCCGCUGGUGGGGGCGCCCCUGGACGCGAACGCCUCGUCCGUACUCGUGUACUCCAAGGCCGCAGCCAUCCUGGAUGCCGCCGCCGGCCUGGCGGGCCAGGAAGGACUUCGAAGAGCGCUCCAGGGGCUGCUGGCGUCGAACAUGUACGGCACCGCAACGGUUUCGGAUUUAGUGGACCGCAUCGCCGCGGAAGCGGCUGGCCAGUGGAACGGCACCUUGCUGGGGGACCAGGAAGCAGUGGCGGCGGGGGUGAUGGGCUGGUUUACGAAACCUGGCGUGGCCGACUCAGACGAGCGUCCUUCAGCUCUCCCAGCAGCGGCUGUGCAGCUGGGGUCUGUGGCCCGAGGAGAGCGUGCUGACGCCGCUAACUACACACCCGUACUCAGAUGCCCAGGGAACCCCUCAGGCCCCGGCUCCGGAACCACCGGUAUCCCCGCCAACCUCACCACCACCACCGCGACCUGGUGGCUGCCGCUGCUGGCUGUGUCGGCUGACGGCUCCUCCCCCCCCACCGGCCCCUCGGGGGGCCCCGCGGUGCCGCCACUGCUGCUGUUCCCGCUGCCGUACGGGCUGCCCUCGGACAAGUGGAUGCUGCGAGGUCCGGGUUUCACGGGGAUGUACGUUACUGCGUACGGCAGUCCUGUCGGGGUGAACGGAACGGUCCUGGACGCCCAGAUGGUGUUACGAGAUACCCUGGCACUGGCCUUCUCACUGCCCGCCACCACAUCCACCACCAACCCCACUGCUGCGGGGGCCCCGCUGGGUGACCCCUCCGCACUGCUGCUACUGCCGUCGGGAUCAGUUCCCGGUGUGGCGGCGGCGGGUAACACGGCCCCGCUGCCCGCCGUGUUGGCGGCCAUUGACACGGCCCUCACCAGCCCCCUGGCGAGGACGGGUGCGGGUAUGUACUCCCUGGGGCAGCCCGCGCUGAUGGCGCUGGACUACUUGCAGGGCCUGUUCGCCUCAAGCUCCAACUCCAGCGCCAGCUGCAAUGCCGACCUCCAGCGCUGGGUGGUCCGCAGGGUGGGGCCCCUCGCCAGGGCCGCAACCAACAACACUGCGAAGCCAGACAACUUGGUCGACCAGUUCCUGUUGCGACUGGCCCAGUCCCAGAUUGUGACGGAGGCAGCCCUCUGGGGGGACAGCGGGGCGAGGGACUUCGCAUGCUCCCUAGCCGCACAGAUAUAUGCAGCCACCCCCUCCUCUGCUGCUGAGGGGGGUACGGGGGCGGUGGACCCCGACUGGCUGCCGGCCGCCCUGGCGGUCCCUCUGGGGGCGGCCUUCAACGCCAGUCUGACCCAGCUGAUGAGCCCCACUGCCGACCCGGAGGUGGUCGCGGCCCGCCUGUACGCGCUGUCGUACACUGGUGAUGCCGUACUGCGCAGCAGCCUGCUGGACGUACUUCAGGCUGGGUUGAAUCUGUCUGGUUCGGUUGGGACCGGCCGUGGGGGUGCUGGAGCUCGGGUGCUGAGCCGGUCUUUGGUUGAGGGAGUGAUGGGCCGGUUGGUGGGCAGCGCCCAACGGGACGUGUUCUUCAAGGCAGCUGCUUCUGGUGGUGGUGGUGAUUUGGGGGGAAGCGGCUCCGGAACCAACUCCACCAUUCACCAGACCUCCCAACCACCAUUCAACGAGCUGCUGUCGGCGGCGCUGACCGGCACUCCUGCGGCCGGCAGCGGUGGCCUCAUGGGCCUUAUCAGCACCCUCGCCGGAAACGAUGGUGGGCGUGCCCUCGGUGUGUUGGAGAGCACCGUGGCUCGCUUCCUCACAAGCCCGGAGCAGCUGAGCAACCUGAGCGACCUGCUGUGCGGCAGGGGACCCGCGAGCGCCUUCUACACGACCGGUGUGGCGGCAGCGGACUUGGCGACUGCCCGGUCCCGAAUACUGGGCCGCGCGCAGUCCCGACUGCAGUGGAUCGCCAGCACCCCUUUCACGGUUGAUCCAUGUAUGUAUGCAGUUAUGUCUCGAGCUGGCUGGGAGGCUGGUCGCCUGAGUCUGCCGAAUGGGCGUUUCCGUACGUGUUGCGAUCAGCAAUCCCUGAACCUGAUCGGUGUUGGGGGUUUGUGGGGAGAUGGCUGGCCGGUACACACAGCCACAAGUAUUAGAUCACGGCCGUGUGUAACGGCGUUGAAGCAGCUUAAGAAGUACGACUUAGGGUUUGACCGCUAG